CAACUUACUAAAGUGUGAUCUAGAAAGGCUGCUCUUCUGUUCAUGGGACUCGUCAUCAUGUUGUCAAAUUCCCAAUUUCACCAAAAUAGCUCUGUGUUGUCCCUGUGAUCGUGAAUAAUUUAUUUCGAGCCGCCGUUCCGUUGUGACAUUUGCUCACAUCGUCCCCGGGUAAGCAUGGACAAGAGCUUGAAUCCCUCAUCAGAACCCGGAAAGGUCAAGUGAUAUUGAUCUCACUAUGCAAACGCGUUCUAUAUUGUCUGAAUCAAACCUCUAAGGCUGGAAUCAGGUCAAACAUUUUCAGGCCGGUUCAGGACUCAUUAUAAGAUUCGGCUCUUACGAUGCCUUGCACAAGCUGACAUGGGGACAUAUCCAAUGAAAUUUAGCAGAUCUGACACAAUAGAAGUCGCACACUGUGGAGAAUGGACAGAAGCCGUAAAUUCAGCCCUAUGUUGGUGGUCAAUCGGCGGUGCGUAAAAUGCGCGCACAGGGGUGGGGACUUCUUUGGAGAGGCAGAACCGGAGCGCACAACAGCACGACUCUCUGCAUCCACAGGUUGCUCCGCGGCAGUCUGAGCAUCCCUGAGCCUCUCUGAGCAUCUUGGCAACCAAGACCUAAGAGUACAGCGUGCGGAGAUGAACAGAAGGGUGGUCAGAGGACGCGUUCGCCUGAACGAUUUGGACUUGGACUGCACAGAGAAACCCAUGGACAUCUCGAUCACAACCUGUCUGAGCAGCAGUCUAAGUGUAUUUCGCAGGACUUUCUUGUCGUAAAAAGAUUUUGUCAGCGUUUCUCCUGAGGACUGUGCGUUUCAAUCGAGACCACCAUGCCACAGGUCCUUCACGACAGCUGCACCAAGGCGAAAACAGCUACAUAAUGGCAUGUAGGAGCGGUUGCUGCUGCGGCUCCGGUCCUGUUAACGAGGAUAACGCGAGGUUCCUGCUGCUGGCGUUGUUCAUCAUCAUCUAUCUCCUUUGUGGAGCCGCCGUCUUCUCAGCGCUGGAGCAGCCAAAGGAGCGAGAGGCGAAGGAGCGCUGGGCGCAGAGGUUCGAGCAUUUCAGCCAGAGGUACAACCUGAGUAAGAAAGACCUGAAUAACUUCCUUAGAAACUACGAGGAGGCCAAUGUAGCGGGGAUCCGUGUGGACACAAUCAGACCUCGAUGGGAUUUCACCGGCGCUUUUUACUUCGUGGGGACUGUGGUAUCAACCAUUGGUUUUGGGAUGACUACUCCUGCCACCAUUGGAGGAAAAGUCUUCCUGAUGUUCUACGGCCUGCUCGGCUGUGCGGCCACCAUCCUCUUCUUCAACCUCUUUCUGGAACGAGUCAUCACAGUCAUUGCCGUCAUCCUCAAGUCCUGUCAUGAGCGACGACAUAACAAGGCUGUGCUCCCACAUAAUGGUCGGGAAGUGUCUGAAGGAAACAGAGCAGGUGGAGCUGGGGGGAGUGGAGGAGUGAAAGGAGAGGAUCUGGCUGGCUGGAAGCCUUCGGUCUACUGUGUCAUGCUCAUUCUAGGAGUGGCAGCCGUCUUGGUGUCCUGCUGUGCCUCUUUCAUGUACUCUGCAGCUGAGGGCUGGGGCUACCUGGACUCUCUUUACUUCUGCUUUGUGGCCUUCAGCACCAUCGGUUUUGGAGACAUGGUAAGCAGUCAGCGGGUUAUUUAUGAGGGCCACGCCACAGCAGCAUACCGGCUGGGCAACUUCUUCUUCAUCCUGACCGGCGUCUGCUGCAUCUACUCCCUCUUCAACGUCAUCUCCAUCAUCAUCAAGCAGGUCCUCAACUGGCUGCUGAGGAGGCUUGAAGGCCCCUGCCGUUGCUGUUUUCCCAGGAGGGGUCAUCACCCACAUCGACACCCGCGAAGAAACGUAGUGGCCCCAGGUCACCUUCGCACCCGAAGAGACCCCUCCAUUGAGACGGACGCCAUCAACGAGAGCGAGACUGACACUGGGCGCAGGAUGUCAGGGGAGAUGAUCUCCAUGAGGGACUUUCUAGCAGCCAACAAGGUGAAUCUGGCUAUUAUGCAGAAGCAGCUUUCAGAGAUGGCCAUUGGUCAUCCACGCCAGUCCAGCUCCACUUCACGUCAGAACGGAUUCUCUGAAGGGGUGGGCGCCCUUGGCAUCAUGAACAACCGGCUGGCAGAGACUAGUGUGGACAGAUGAGGAAGACAGCGUGAAUCCUUUUCAAAGGACACAAAAGGCUGAGAGGACGAGUGGAGUAAGGACAAACUGACACUGUGGACUGCCUCCCUGAAUAAAACAAAUAAAGAAAAAAAAACUUUUGGGUGGUGUAUAUGACUACAGAGGCCCCAAGUGGCCACAAAGAAGAAAAAUAUAUCACGUGUAUAGAGAGAGGUCCCAUUUUGCUAAAUCAAGUGCUCAAAACACUAAUGUGUAACAUUACAUAGAAUUCAUUCCCACACUUAAUUAAUUUGGUGGGAACGAGAUACAACCCAUUCCCAACUUUUGGUUUAUUUAUGUACACAGGGUAAGCAUACUUGCUACUUUGAAUUCAGAGCUAAAAUAUCAGCACGGAACGUUUUAAUCCAAUUACACCCACUGUGCGUAAAGACCCACACAACUCAUUAAACAGCACCAUUGGCUACUCCUUAAAUAAAAAAGAGCUAUUUAGAUAUGAUUUUAUACAGGUUAUCAAAAAAAAUUUCAACAAUUAUUGACUCCUAGUUGUUUGUGGUUUUGCUCUGUUACAUAAAAUUAAUUGUGUUCGUAGAUUAACCUUAGACGUUUGCUCUGCAUUGUUUUAAACCAGCCCCAGUAUCCCUUCAGGGCAGGUUGGUAUAAAUCACGAUUGUCUGGCAAGUACUACACAUUUUGCCCAAGAUACAUGAAGUCGAGGAGUGACUUGCAUUAAUGUGUUGCUGAAUUUCCUUUUGCACAUUUUACAGAUCAUCUCCGCUGGAUCUGUACUGAUUGUGAAAUGCACUUUGGGCUAAGGGAGCACCAUGCGUGGGCUCAGUAGCAUUCUUCUCCAUUUUGUUUAGCAGAUCCAUGUUAGAAAGUAACUUCUGGGGGUUAGCAAAAGGGUGAACUCUGUCAAAUUCAGAUUCGGCUCCACUCCUAUCAUGGACAUGAAUUAACCAAAACAUGAAAACGAAAUGUGUCAUGCCUACACGUAAUAGCAUUUCGAGUGCUCCGUUGUAGUAAAAUGUGACUUCCUCGAUGUAUAUAUACUUUCUCUCUAUGACCACUCUGGGGCUCCUUACAAGACAAGAAUUUAUGACUAGCCUAUGUGAUACAUCUUUUGCAUCAGCUAGCAAGCUGACCCCCAGCAGCUACACCUCAGAAUGACUGAUAUUUGCCAGCUUGCUGGAGUCUCACAUCUGGACCAAGCUCAUUCUACUGGAAUGCUCCUUCCUGAGGAAUUCAGUUUCCAUGGUAAUAAAAAAGCCUACCUAGAGCCAUUCAAUUCAAGCCUUAAGGACCUGAUAAAAUACACACUACUUCACAAUUAACUGCAACUUCCACUCAUCCACAGUACUUUGCAACACCCACUAUCCAUGUCCGCUUUACUGUAUCUGUCACUGUAAAGGACAUAAAUGAGAAAAAAUAGCUUUAAUGAAAUGGGUGUUUCUUGAUUGUGUGUCUUACAGUAGUUAUUAAAUAAAAUGAAAGAGAAGCCCAAUUCUUGUUAAUUGAAUGUUUCCCUUCUGUGCAGAAUGCAUAAUUUUACAAUUAGACUGUCACUGACUGUUACUCAUUCAAAUCAUUCAUAGCUCACACAUAGCCAUAUUACAUGCUGUU